AUGGCCGCCAACAAGAAUGGAAAGAUGGCAAACCUCAUCAACUAUCGUAUGCGAGUCACACUCAACGAUGGUCGACAGAUGACCGGCCAGAUGCUGGCAUUCGACAAGCACAUGAACCUCGUACUCGCCGACACGGAAGAAUUCCGCCGCACCAAGCGCAAGUCAAAGGCGGCCCCCGGCGCGGCCAACACUCAAGUCGAAGCAGAGGAGAAGCGAACUCUCGGUCUCACUAUCGUCCGCGGCACUCAGGUCGUUUCCUGCUCCGUUGACGGGCCCCCUCCCGCCGAUCCUUCUGCGCGACUAGGUGCUACCGGUCCCACUGGUGCUGGCGCUGCCGCGACUCUGGCCGCCGGCCCUGGUAUCAGCAAGCCCGCUGGUCGUGGCCUGCCUAUCGGACUUGGCGGUCCUGCUGCUGGUGUGGGUGGUCCUGCUCCUCCUAUGGGCGGCUUCCCUCCCGGUGGUUUCCCUCCCCCUGGAUUCGCCGCUGGCUUCGCUCCCCCUCCUGGAUUUGCUCCUCCCGGUGGUCCUCCUGGCUCUUUCGCCCCUCCUCCCGGAUUCCAGCCCCCGGGUCAGGGACGAGGAUACCCCCCGCCGGGCUUCGGCGGUCGAUGA